AUAAGCAAGUCCUUAAGAUGGGCAAUUCCUACUUCAUAGCAACUUGAGAAUGGUAUUAGUCAUAAGAAAAGAGAAGUAAGAUGAACAAUUGUUGCUGCAUGGCAACUUGAAGAUAGUGUUAGUCAUAAUAAAAGGGAAGUAGUUUGCAUUGCUGCCGAAACAUUGGCGCCGUCUGUGGGAAACUGAACAAGAAGUUGUGUAACUUAACUUGCUGAAAGACAAAAUGGUCCAAACUUUUACAGGAGGUCGCCCCCCAAGGAAUGAGGUGGACGAACAGGAGGACGCUCAAGUAUCUGAGCCCGGGUUGAAUGACUUCAGGCCAAUGCCAAGAAACCUCUUCGUCGGAGGAGACGAACAGGAUCACUUAAGUGAAACAGAUGACGAAAGAACACCAACUGGGUAUACAACCCAGCCUGAACAGUUCCAAGUUCCAACAGGAACAAGACAAAGACCUUCUAGACCGUACCAUUCACGGCAUGAACGACCUGAAAGGUCAACAGAACCUGCUCGGACAGCCGAGCUCGAAGAGAGAACCAGAGUUCUCGAAGUGGCAAUGGGAAAAAUCCUUGCCCGUCUGAUUCCAGAUGACCCCCUGAUUCCUUUGCUGAACAGGGAUGCACAACCAGCUACGGUUGUUGCGACUCGAAACUCCCCUGCUCUAAGCAACAUAGUGGUGCCGACCAGGCCAAGGGGAAGUGGAAAGCUAAAUAUCAAGCCCAGCUCAUCCAAACACAGCGAAGAACUGUUGAAGAAGAACGCAGACCUUGAAAGACAGCUACGAGAUGUACAAAAGUCUAUAGACGAGCUGAAAAGUCCCAGGUCGUAUCAGCAAACUCUUGAUUUAGAUAGCGCCCCGUUAAACCUAUCCAUCACAGCGGAACCGUACCAAGAGGGAUUCAAAAUUCCCCAUUUAGAGACGUAUGAUGGCUCGGGCGAUCCGGAUGAACAUCUGCACACUUACCAAGCCAUCAUGAGAAUACAAAACGCCAAUGAUGCCAUGAUGUGCAAAGUGUUCCCAGCAACACUUAAGACAACAGCCAGGAGAUGGUAUCACAAACUCCCCAGACAUUCCAUAGACUCGUACUCUCAGCUCGCCAAGCUAUUCUCCAACAAAUUUGCGAGCCAAAGGGAGAUUAAACGUACAGCGACUGAACUAAUGCAGGUUCAUCAAAAAGAGGGAGAGUCUUUGAGGGACUACAUGCAACGAUUCAACAAAGCUACUCUGGACAUUGAUAACGUCCCCGAUACCAUUUGCUUAUCUGCCUUGUUGCAUGGCCUGAAGCCCGGCCGGUUUUUGGACGACCUGCUGGAGAAUCCGCCCAAGUCAUGGAAUGAAGUAAACGACAGGUCGGCAAGCUUCAUAUUGUCCGAAGAUUUUCAAUCUUCUAAGAGACGAGCUGAUGACAGGCACGGAAAAGAACCCAAGCAGCCUGAAAACAGAGACGACAAGAAGAAACAGAAGGUUGGCGAGCAGAGAGGGAAACCACCCACUUAUCCAAAAUAUGACAGCUACAUACCCCUGAGCUCGUCACGAUCCCAGAUAUUGUCGCAGAUACAGCAUUGCGUCAAGAGACCCCCUCCACAAACGCAUGAUCCUUCACGAGCUGACAGAAGCAAAUACUGCGACUAUCACCGUGUCUACGGCCAUAAUACAGAAGACUGUCAGAGUCUGAAGGACGAGCUCGAAUUCUUGGCUCGCAAUGGAAAAUUGGAGGGGUAUGUGCAGAAGCCUCUUGUUUGGCAGCCCACCCAGACCCACUUCGUACAAGAGUACGGCCGACCUCAAGCACCUAGGUAUCAGCUCGGCAACAAUCCAAAUUCUUAUCAGACAGGAGGUCAAAGUGCCCGGGCCCGCAAGGCGUAUGCUCGCCAGGUGAUGACAGUAAAUAAGAACCGGCCUCUUAAGCGUCCAUUUGAGGAGGCAGACUGGGAGAAUACGGCCAUAACGUUCAGCCCGACAGAUUACCAGCGAGCAGGAGAGCCUAACAUCGUGAUGCCUCAUGCGGAUCCUUUUGUAACAACAGUCCAUAUAGGCAACCAUAACAUCAACAAGGUUUUCAUUGACACUGGGAGCUCGCCUGAUAUCCUGUAUUGGAGCUGCUUUCAAAAGAUGCAGCUGAACCCCAACUCGUUACAAAAAUAUGAAGGGCCUAUCUAUGGGUUCGACAAUCAACCUGUUCCAGUGGAGGGAGUAGUUACACUUCCCAUUUACGUGGGCUCAGAACCACGCUUCAGGAUGGCUUCAGUCAGCUUCCUGGUCGUCAAAAUGGAAUCAGCCUUCAAUGCCAUCUUAGGAAGGGCUACUCUGUGCGAAUUGAAAGCUGUCAUCUCACAACCCUAUCUCUGCAUGAAAUUUCCAACGCCUCAGGGGGUAGGAGUGCUGAAGGGGAAUCAGAGGAUGGCCAGGGCGUGUUAUCAGGAUACGUUCAAGAAGGUUGAGCUCGCUGUAGCCCCUGGAGGAUUUGAAAGUAGUAGGCCGACUCAGCCAGGCCAGCAGACAAUGAGCAUAUCGGACCUUGAGCAUAGACCCGAGGGAGUCGAGCAGAAAGCAGAGCCGGUAGAGCCAAUUGAAACCGUUCCUUUAAACCCUGAUGUGCCGGAAAGAACAGUCAAGAUCGGCACCAAACUCACAGAAGAAGAGCGAGCAGAGCUUCUGGAGUUCUUGAGGGUCAAUCAAGAUGUGUUCGCGUGGACUACUGACGAGAUGCCUGGCAUCCCAACCGAGCUGACAGUCCACAAACUCAGCACGGACCCCGCCAGAAGACCGGUGGUGCAGAAACGUCGCCUCUUUGGCCCAGAGAAACAAGCUGCCAUAGACGAGGAGAUACAGAAGCUGCUACAAGCAGGCUUCAUCAGGAGAGUGGAGUAUUCUGAGUGGGUGUCUAACCCCGUGCUCGUCAAAAAGUUGAAUGGCAGGUGGAGGAUGUGUAUUGACUUCACCAACCUCAAUGACGUAUGUCCAAAAGACCCUCACCCCUUGCCAAAUGUGGAGAAAUUAGUGGAGCGAGCAGCUGGGCAUGAACGGAUGAGUUUUCUUGACGCUAGCUCGGGCUAUCACCAGGUUCAGUUGCUGUUGGACGAUCAGGAGAAAACAGCUUUCUACGCUGGCGACGCUAUCUAUUGCUAUGUGAUGAUGCCAUUUGGCCUAAAAAAUGCUGGUGCUACAUAUCAGAAGCUAGUACAAAUAAUCUUUAAGCUCCAGAUCGGCAGAAACAUAGAAGUGUAUGUGGAUGACAUGAUAGUCACCAGCAAGCGAGCUGAAGACCAUAUAGACGACCUGAGUGAGACCUUUCAAAAUUUGCGCCGAGCCCAAAUGAAGCUGAACCCUCUGAAGUGCACAUUCGCUGUAGAAUCAGGAAAAUUCCUAGGGUACGUGGUAUCCAAGAAAGGAAUUGAAGCGAACCCAGAGAAGGUUUUGGCUGUUCAGCAGAUGGAGCCACCAAAGACUGUAAAGGACGUGCAACGCUUGACAGGGCGUGUAGUCGCUUUGCACAGAUUCAUAGCCAGGUCGGCGGAAAGGUGCCUACCGUUUUUCAAAGCCUUGCGAGAGCCCAAACACUUUCAAUGGACAGACGAGUGCCAACAGGCGUUCGACGAGCUCAAGCAGUAUCUGGCAUCUGCACCCCUCCUGUCUAAACUUGUGGAAGGGGAGAGUUUAUACCUAUACAUGGGAGUUACAGGAGAGGCAGUGAGCUCGGUUUUGCUCAGGGAAGAGAAUAAGAAUCAGAAGCCUAUUUGCUACGUGAGCAAGGUUUUACAAGGUGCAGAGCAAAACUACCCGUUAGCAGAAAAGGCUGCCUUUGCCUUGGUGUACACAGCUCGUAAGUUGAGGGCUUACUUCCAAUCACAUCAGAUUGUCGUCUAUACUGACUUGCCAUUGAGAAAAAUACUGCAGAAACCUGAACUCUCUGGUCGGCUCAUUGGAUGGAGCGUCGAGCUGAGUGAAUAUGACCUCAAAUUUCAGCCGCGCACAACCAUAAAAGGCCAGGCUGUUGCGGACUUUCUGGUGGAGUGCAUCUCAGCGACUAGGGAAGAAAAAGCACCUGAUCACCCAGUAUGGGUUUUGUAUGUUGAUGAAGCAGCCAGCGUUGAAGGGUCGGGUGCUGGGGCUGUACUAGUGGGCCCAGAUGGUUUUAAGUCUGAACACGCACUGAGGUUUAAGUUUCAGGCGACUAAUAACGCUGCAGAAUAUGAAGCCCUCAUUUAUGGAUUAAAGCUGGCGUCCGAGCUGAAGGUACAGAGCAUUCAAGUUUUUAGUGACUCUCAGCUUGUCGUGGGCCAGGUGAAUCGCAGUUGCGACAUCAGGGAUCCCCAGCUUGGUCGUUAUGCCUCUGUGGUCAACAGAUUGAAGUCAAGGUUCGCUUCAUUUCAGAUCGAUAAAAUACCGCGGGCAGAUAACCACCGAGCUGAUGAGCUGUCAAAGUUGGCCUCCUCGCAGGACAUUAACCCACAAAGAUCGACAAUCGUCGAGGUGCUUGACGCACCAAGUUACACGGAUGUCACAGUCGACUGUCAACUACUCAGUACAGAUCCCUUUACACCGAGCUGGACUACACCACUCAUAAGUUAUCUGCAAAGUGGCGAGUUGCCUGAAGAUCUGUCCGCUGCAAAAUCGAUUAAACGAAGGGCAACACAUUUCACUUUGUUAGAUAACCACCUCUACAAACGUGCAGCGUCAAUACCCCUCUUACGCUGCCUUACUCUUUAUGAAGCUGAAUAUGCCGUGAGAGAAGUUCACGAGGGAGUUUGUGGCACGCACAUUGGUGGCAGAACUUUAGCCCGGAAGCUCCUAAGGCAUGGUUAUUACUGGCCCACUAUGGUCGAGGACGCACAGAAUUAUGUCAAAAAGUGCCCGACCUGCCAGUUCAAUGCUGAUGAUAUUCACAUGCCAGGGGAAAUGCUAUCAUCUCUUACGUCUCCCUGGCCUUUUGCUCAAUGGGGCGUCGACCUGCUCGGCCCCUUCAUCAAAGGCAAAGGAGGCUGCACUUUCCUGGUCGUCGCGGUGGAUUACUUCACCAAGUGGAUAGAAGCUAAACCAUUAUCCACAACAACAGAAAGAAAAAUAGAAGAAUUCUUGUUCAAUUCAGUAUUGUGCAGGUUCGGCAUACCUAAACGGAUCAUCGCCGACAAUGGGCCACAGUUCCGAGCAGCAGCACUGAGAUCGUUUUGUAACGACUAUGGCAUCGAGCUCGCCUUGACAUCCGUGUACACUCCACAGUCUAACGGGCAAGCCGAGUCCGCCAAUAAAAUCGUCUUGCGAGGCCUCAAGACACGAGUCUUAGCCCCACAUUCUAAUUGGGUUGACGAGCUCAAUAAAGUGCUCUGGUCUUGUCGUACUACUCCCAGCUCGGCCACGGGCGAAACCCCUUUCAGCCUGGCUUAUGGAACUACGGCUGUCAUCCCAAUAGAGGUCGGACUACCAUCUGAUAGAUCAAGUCGUCAUGACGAUCAGAAUAAUGAACAGCUCUUAAGAGAGAACCUAGACCUUGUAGAAGAAAUCAGGGAGAUGUCCCGAAUAAAAAAAUGGCACACCAAAGUCGUGUUGCAAAAUUUUACAAUAAAAGAGUUCGAGCUCGCCAGUUUCAAGUCGGCGAUCUGGUCCUACGUAAAGCUGGAUAUACAGGGACGUCAGUUGCCUUACACUUGGAACGUACAUAAUCUUAGGAAGUUUUACAGUUAGCGUGUAUGUUAUUAGUGCUCAGGUCGUUACUGGUCAUUUGUAAACAGUGACUUACUGAACAUUCAACACAGAAAUUUUGGAAACAAAAGAUUCAACUUUGUAUUUCAUCAAUGAAGUUUUACAUGUGUA